AUGGACGAAUCAGAGCUAGAACAGAUCCGAAAAGCUCGUCUCGAGCAGCUCAAGGCCCAAGGAGGUGGCGGCGGCGGCGGAGGUGGUGCUCGCUCUGGCAACGGCUCGGGCCAAGAAGAGCGGCAGAGACAACAAGCCGAAGAAGCCCGACAGCAAAUCCUCAACCAGAUCCUGCACCCCGAAGCUGCGGACCGCCUCGGACGCAUCCGCCUCGUCAAGGAGCAGCGCGCAACCGACGUCGAGAACCGCCUGAUUACACUGGCACAGACCGGCCAGCUGCGGCAAAAGGUGACCGAGGAGCAGCUCAAGGAACUCUUGACGGCGGUGGCGGAUAACGAGCAGCACGAAAAGAUUGUUGUGAGCAGGCGCAAGGGUUGGGAUGAUGACGAUGACGAUUUGCUGGAUCUAUAA